UAUCUCUAACCUCUCGUCUCGUCUGCCAUCCACGUCUCCCCGGCGUCUCCGCUCCAACUCAUCCAAUGGCCUCGCCGCACGCCGACCCCGCAUCGGCGCCGCCCCUCCUGCUCGCCAUACGCCACAUCCCCUUUCCCGGCGUCCACCAGCCGCGCGCGUUUCCGUCCCCGGACCUCGCCCCCCUCGCGCGCCGCCUCGACGAGCUCGCCGCCGCGGCGGCCGCCCACCCGCUCCUGAAGCCGCUCUUCGACUUCCACGACCACCUCUCCACCUUCUCCCAGAGCAGGAGGCAGAGGAUGGUGGCGAUGCGGCAGGCGGCGUGCCCGCUGGCCGGCAACGUCGAGGGCUGCUUCGCGGCGGUGCUGGGCGGCUCCGUGGCCGGGAUGGUUGUGUCCAACGGCGUCAACAGCUUCCUCAGCCUCUACAACACCGUGCUCGUCAUCAGGCUCGUCCUCACCUGGUUCCCCAACACGCCGCCGGUCAUCGUCUCGCCCCUCAGCACGGUGUGUGACCCGUACCUGAACCUCUUCCGGGGCAUCGUCCCGCCGCUCGGUGGACUGGACCUGUCCCCCAUCCUUGCGUUCCUGGUCCUCAACGCCCUCACCGGCACCGCCGCCGCACUCCCGGCCGAGCUCCCCAGCCAAAGCGCUGCUGCGUCCGGGUCAGUGCACCCUGACGAACUCACUGCGAACCAGAGGAAAUGGAUGCGGAGAUUCCGCUCGGCGAAAUCACAGGAGGCAGACGGUGCUCACUAGACUUCCUGCAUUCUUUUUUGCAAUCAUUCGGCAUGCAAAAUUCCACUGAGGCCUGUUUUCUUUUUCUGAAUGUAUGUAUGUAGAGGAACCAAACUUCUUGACUGUAAUGACAUGUUUUGGCCUUUGUCAUAAGUUUCUCACUUUCUUGA